ACCAUCAGGUCCAGGAACCCCAGGAGUUCAGGUCGGUCUUCCUCAUCUGCAGACAUGAAAUUCUCCCUUGUUGCCUCUUUUCUUGUUCUGGCUGUUGUCUACAGCUCGGAGGCGAGGACUCUGGUGAAGCGUGAAGGUCAGUCUGAUGUGGACAGGAUCGCCCAGCUCUUCAAGGACAUGUCCACCAGCUUGUCCUCUGCGACGCAGGAGAUGGUCGAGACGUACAUGGGGGACGGCAGGACCAGGAUCCAGCCUCUGAUGGAGCAGGUCCAGGCCGAGGCCUCCAAGCUGCAGCAGCAGGUGAAGCCGUUCAUCAGCAACAUGGAGGAGCAGGUGAAGCCGCUGUCGGACAGUCUCCAAACCCAGGUCAAGCCUCUGACGGACAUGAUGGAGAAGUUCCUGCAGGAGAUGCUGGACCAGUCCAAAGCCCUGCUGCCUCCUCAGUAAACCUCCCCGCUGCUGGAUCAUCCCAGAACAAAUAAGACCCAAACUGAGCCCAGCUGGGCCCGGACUCUCCCCCUCUGCUGUCUGACAUGUAGAACGCCGUCAUUAAACGGGGCUGAAAGCCUCGAGUCUGAGUUACUGUUUGUUUGCUUUCAUUUUGCUUUUAAAGCCAGAGGUCAAUUA